AUGUUUAGUUCAACUUGUCAAGUUUUGCUUAACGUUAUUCAAGGUGGUACUAAAGCUUCACAGCGAUCACUAGCGUAUGGGGCUUAUGAAAACAUGACUACUUUUGAUUUUGUGUUCAUCUUGCAUGUCAUGAAGAAAACCAUGGAGAUCACCGACUUACUCUCCCAGGCUUUGCAAUACCAAUCUCAGGACAUUGUAAAUGCUAUAAAUAUAGAUGUUCCUGAUUUCAAUUCUAAUUAUGUUCCAUUAAUAAGAGGAGUAGGAGCUCGUCAUCAUUCUAGUACUUUUACGAUUAUGGAACACUAUCGUGUGGAUAUCUUUAAUGCUGCUAUAGAUGCUCAGUUAUCAGAACUGAUUAGCAGGUUCAACGAAGAAACGAUGGAAUUACUUAUCCUUAGUAGAGCUUUGGAUCCUCGUGAAGGGAAAAAAUCAUUUAAAGUUGAUGAUAUUUGCAGAUUGGUCAAUAAGUUUUAUCCAAAGGAUUUCACGGAACAAGAGAAAUUACACUUGAAGAUACAACUUCGCCAUUAUGAGCAUAAUGUUGUCUCUUCUGAAGAGUUUAAGAAAUUGAGGAAUAUAUCUAGUUUGUGUGAAUGGUUGGCGAAGAAUGGAAAAUCGACUACAUAUUCUCUUAUACAUAGAGUGAUAGAACUUGUGCUUACCCUACCAGUUUCUACUGCAACAGAAGAGCGGGUUUUUUCAGCAAUGAAGAUUAUCAAAACUAGACUUCGUAGUAAAAUGGGUGAUGAAUUCCUUGGAGACUCUUUGAUUGUGCUUAUCGAAAAAGAAAUUGCUAAGAAGUUUAGCAUUGAUUCAAUGAUUGAUGAUUUUCGAGAUUUAAAAGAACGUCGAGUAAUGUUUUGA